GGAUAACCGAAUGACGUUGUCAGGAAAAAUUAACUCAUGCGCACCAAACACUUCCAUUAAAUUCCUAUACCUUUCAGUACAAAAAAACUAGAACGGAAGGUAAACAAGGUUAAAGGCUACCAAUAUGGCUGCCGGGGGUAUGGAGCCAAUGGACUUAGAAGGAAACUCCUCCCCUACUGAUGAACAGGACAGCAAAUAUGGCUGCCUUGCUAAUUUUAAAAUAGAUAAAAAGAUAGGAAAGGGACAGUUUUCUGAAGUAUAUAGAGCUAUUAAUAAAAUAGAUGGCAGUGUUGUAGCAUUGAAGAAAGUUCAGAUAUUUGAAAUGAUGGACGCCAAAGCCAGACAGGACUGUAUAAAGGAAAUAGGUCUUUUAAAGCAACUGAAUCAUCCAAAUGUGAUAAAGUACUUGUCUUCAUUUAUUGAAAACAAUGAGUUGAAUAUUGUAUUAGAAUUGGCUGAUGCUGGUGACCUGUCCAGAAUGAUUAAACAUUUUAAGAAACAGAACCGAUUAAUUCCAGAGAAAUCUAUAUGGAAAUACUUUAUACAGAUCUGUAGUGCUUUAGAACAUAUGCAUUCCAAGAGAAUUAUGCACAGAGAUAUAAAACCAGCUAAUGUAUUUAUAACUGGUCAGGGUGUGGUCAAGUUGGGAGAUCUUGGACUUGGAAGAUUUUUUAGCUCAAAGACCACGGCAGCUCAUUCCUUGGUUGGUACCCCCUAUUAUAUGUCUCCAGAGAGAAUACAUGAGACAGGUUAUAACUUCAAGUCUGAUAUGUGGUCACUUGGAUGUUUACUCUACGAGAUGGCAGCUCUGCAGUCACCUUUCUAUGGAGACAAGAUGAAUUUGUACUCUUUGUGCAAGAAAAUAGACCAAUGUGAUUAUCCCCCCUUGCCAUCUGAUGUUUAUAGUGAUGAGCUUAGAAAUGUGGUAGCCUUAUGCAUUAACCCAAUACCUGACCAGCGUCCAGACAUUACAUAUGUAUACAAUGUGGCCCAGAUGAUGUAUGACCAUUACACACAGCCAGCAUUGAAUCCAUCCCCCGUUGACCAACAACAAUUACAGUUACAACUUCAACAACAACAGCAGAUACAACAACAACAACAGUUUCCACAGCAACAGUUACCACAGCAACAGUUGUCACAACAACAACAAAUUGAACAACAAAAACAAGUAGCUUAAGCAGAUGUUUUUAACAGUCUCUGUGAUAUUUGGAGUGCAUUAUCUUUGAUUGAUAUUGAGAACUUUGAAGGAUGAUUAAUUACAAUAAGAUUAAGAACUGAAUGAUAUUUUUGAACGACAAAAUGAAAAAGCAUAUGAACAAUAUUUGUUUUACUACUGUGGAUUCAUUUAUUUUCGUGGGUACCAAUUUUUCGUGGAUUAAGAAAAACUUGCAUUUUGGUGGAUAUUUGAUUUCGUGGUUUUGCUGAAGUCUGCAUACAAACCUAUAAAAAUUUAUCAUUCGUUGAACAUUAAAUUUUGUGGUUUAACUGUGCCCACGAAAUCCACGAAAAUUGGUAUCCAACGAAUAAUAAUGAAUCCACAGUAUUUUAAUAGGAGUUUAAUGUGUUAGAUACUUACUCUGUGUAUCAUUUCUGUUUUCUAUUCAAAUCAAAACCUGCUAAGGCUAUUCAAAUGUUUGUUUCUCAAAUCCCCAUAUUUAUUUUGUUGGUAUUGGUUGGGAGUAGUUAUUACUUAGCUAUUGUAUGCAUGGUGUUCAAAUUCACUGAUGUUUGCCCCUUGGAAAUCUUGUUGUUUCGCCUUGUGUUGCAUUGAGAUUUUUAUAGUUAAGUGGGAAACUCUGUUCUAGAAUACACAUGAAAGCUGAAAUAACUUUUCAGUCCUUUGUUAGGUUCCAGGGAAGUAACCCUAUACUUACCUUUUUGGUUAUACAGAUUUUCAAAGUAGGUAAAUUAAAAAGAAAUGUUAAGAAAAAUAAUUAUAGUAGUAUUUAUUCCAAAAUGUUUGAUCUUUGGUAUUGAGAAACAAACAGUUUUAACUAGUCUUAAGUUCUUUUUUUCAUAAAAACCAAACAAGGGUUCAAAAUUGAACAUUUCUUUAAUCAUAAUAAUUUUCUCAUCAAACAAACAAAAUCAUGUCUCUUAAAAGUUUUGAAAAAAAGCCUUAGAACCAUAGAAAGAUUUAUUUAGGAAGGAAGUAAGUCUUUGGAAUAUCAACAUUUAGUAGCUUUCGUAAUAUUGUGAUCUUAGUAAAAUAGACAAAACUGUGAUUUGUUGUAAUUAUGUUUUACGGUUGUAAAGUGUCAUCUCAAAAAAUCAUUUGUGACCUUUGAACAAUCCUAAAAAUGUCCAAAUGAAUACACUGACAAAUUCAUAUAAAAACAUCUUGAUCCAUAAAACCUAGUUUGAAUUCAUAUUCUAAAGGUUUUCUUAAAUAGUAAAUCUCUGGUCACACAUGAGAUUUUGAAAUGAUUUCAAAUAUAAAUUUUAGAGGUUGUUGUUUUGCCAAAAGUUUGUGUCCUUCCCAAUUAUUAGAAUUUUAACCCACCCCCUUGAGUGUGAUUGAAUCUGUAUCUCAUUGUGAGUAGAAUUUUAUCCCCACCACCUAGAGAGUGAUUGAAACGGUAUCUCAUUGUGAGUGUGUAGUUGAAGUUCCCAUUUAUCACAAUAUUUUUGAUAUAUUAUCUUCAUUUAGUGUGAAACAUUUUAGUUAUUACACAAUGUAUUGUGAUUGACUUAAUCAUUGUUGUAAAAGUCACAGAAGUAGUAUUUCAUGUUAGAAUUUAUGCAUUCUUCCAGGAAUUUUUUUCAGCCAAGGAAUUCCUGUGAUCUAUCUAUUUUAUCUUUAUAUUGAUGUAGAAAUAAUUUUAACAUUUAAGGGAGAUAAUUCAUGAAUGUAUUUAUCUGUUUACACUUUCUAGUACCACUUAUUAAAUAUAGAUGGAAUUUUGAGAUUACCACUCUGACAGCCAUGGGGGCAUUGUCAGUGAUGAUAAUAUUCUAGAUGCAUAGGGUAGCAAUCCUAUUGAACUGAUAUUCCAUUUCUUUUGUUUCGUUAUACAACACCUUGGAAAGAAAUGGGUCCAGCUCUUGUAUUCAAUAUUCUUAUUAAUCUUGUUGAUAAAAUUUCUGGGCUUGAUCUUAAAAAUAUGAGAUCCAAUCAAGCUGUGUAAGUACGUAUAAUCAAGUUUAUUCCGAAUAAAAUAUCAGUACAAAAAAAUUAUUUAAAAGUCAUUGGGUUUUAAUUAAUCUGGCAGGUAGAGGCUUUUUUGGACGAUUAAUGCAUUUCCAUUAAGACAUUUAGUUGAAACCCCCUUUAAACCUAGGUUGAAACCUCAUGUUGUUAAGUCUUAAGAAAGCAUGGCUAUCAUGAAACUGUAUUGUUGAACAAAAAAUAUGUACCGGUAUAUAUGGUGACUCCAGUUAAGCUCUUGUUUGCUUGUACCACCAAUAUCAGGCAAAUGCUUGGUUAUUGCUGUCGAGUCAAAAUAGUUUUUAUGUUAACAAAUUUGUGUUGUGGCUCAUUACAGUCUCAUUGUUAAUUUUCACUGUUUUCUAUGUUUAUCAAAUGUACUGGCUGUAUUAUACUACUGGAGGUUUACCUGUUGUGAGUCAGUGGAUUGUUGAAAGAGUAUGUUAUAUAGUUUAUUAUUGUUGAAAUCUUUAUUGAAAGACAUAGUAAUUUAUUGUAAACAUAGUCAUUUAUUGUAAGACAUAAUAAUAUAUUAACAUUAAUUACAAUUAAAUGUUGUUAUAUAUAAGUGUGUUAUUACAAAUGUAUUAUAAUUUAUUUCAAGAAAAAAAAACCAGUGUAAACAGAUUUUAUUGUAAAGGAUAUGGUUACUAUUGUAUUUUAAAAUGUCACUUUUUAGACACACUCUUAUUGAAGUGUAGAUAUUUAAAAAGAAAUUUGUUUUUUCUCAUUUAAUUUCCCUGUUGAUGAGAAACUGAUGAAUAAGUAAGGAUAAACUUAGAUAGCAUAUAUUUGUACAAUAAUUUUAUUUUCAGUGCUAAUUCUUUUAUCUAAAACAAACAUACGUCAUUGUUUAAAUUAGAUGCGUUGUGUUCAAAGUAAAAAUCAUUCUAUAUACCUUAAUUGUUUAAUGGAUGUCAUAAAUGUACUUUUACUUACAAAUUUUGGGCAAUAUAGAAUAUGUUUAUAUGGCAUCUAUAUGAGAAAGGCAGUUUUUACCUUAACUCGAUCAAGAUAAUUCAUUGUCUAUGCAUACUAUGAUUGGUUUUCUUGGGUCCUGUGGGCAUUAGUUUAACCAAUGUACAAUAUUUGAAGGUGUCUGAAGAGCACCUCAACCAAGCAAAGAUGCUUAACUUGUUUUUUCAACCUAUUUCAGUAGGUCUACUAUUUAGCUUUAUGUUUAUAGGCUAUUUUAGAUUUUGAAAAUGUUUUUGAUCUCAUCUUGUUCAUGUUAUUAGAUUUCAAUCAGCACUUACUGUAAAUUCAAUAACUAGUACUUGCAUUUGAUUUUGUAGAAUGAACUCAAAUUUGAGAUUAUUAAUUGCCAUUUCUGAAAAAUCUUCAUUCAGUGAUAUAAAUCAAAUCAGAUAUAAUGCAAGUUCUUAUUAUUGCGAUACUCAUCCAGUCGCAUUAUUGGCAGUAAUAAAAACCUUGCAAUAAUUUAGUAAUUUACAUCAAUAUACAUUUCUGAACCAUGGUGUUAAAGUACAGCAUAUUGUCUCUCUUCUAACUCAAUGUUAGAAAAAAGAAAUUAUAUUCAUGGAAUCAAAGAUGUGAUGAAAUCCGUCCAGUUUGUCUUUUGAUAGCUUCUACUUUAUUAUUUUUGCAUGAAUUUUAUUAGAUAUUUUUCAAUCAUGUUUAUGUGAUAAAUAUAAACCACAUUAAUUUCAUCUUUUAAAAUUAUUGUGAAGAUCUACAAUGGAGAUCUUUUUUCAUAAACAAAUUAAACAUAAUCAUCACAAGACUUGUACAUGUGCACAAAUCAGAUCCAGUCAUGUUUCACAUUUUAUUACCCAUCCCCCUUUUUCCAAGGAAAGGACUGAUAGCUUCACAAUGUGAUUUUUGUUCUUUAGGGCUGAAGAUUUUUUUUUUACACUUUAUAAUAUACUGAUCUACUUUGUAAGAACGACAACGGCUUUGUUUAGGCCUGAAAUAAAUAAAAAUGCCAAUUAAAGUUCUAAAAUAAAGUCCUAUUUAAAAAUCUCAGCAUUUUCUUCAUAGCAUUGUGAAAUUAUAAUGAAAAGCUUAGUUUGAAUGGUGUAUCUUGCUACUCAGCCCUCAAUUCUAGCAUGAGAGAUGAUAGAUGAUCAUAGAUGAGGACUUACUUUCUUCAGGUUUUUUGGUCCCCCUUUUUCUCAUUUUUCAAAUUCUGUUUUGGAAAGCUACUUAUCAUGUUAAAAUAUUCCCUUAGGUUUGAUGUUUGUUUGGAUGACAAUAAAACGCCUGUUAUCAUACCUUGUCCUUUGCGUUGAAUAAUAUAAGUGAGAAAAAUUGGGAAAAAAUAAUACCUGAUAUGAAUUACCCGCCUGUAUUGAUGUAAAUUUUCUCCUGUUAUCAGCUUGAGCAGAUUUUCUGUAUAUUAUUUUGUUUUUGUUAUGAGAGAGUGGAGAACAUUCCUUUGAUGAUUUGUUAUUUAUUUUGAAUUGUUAUCAUGUACACAGUACAUAAUAUAUUUCUGGUAAAUUUGUGCAAUUUUGUAAAUAUGACACAUAACAUUAGAUGUGAAUAAAACAGAUUUAAGAUUCCCUUA